AUGAAAAUUCGUCCCGCUUUAAUUUUGACUGCUUUAGCAUCCUCCCAACUGCAAUCUCCAAUUCUCGAUGAGACUUCAAAUAAACCUUCAUCGUAUGAAUAUCAGUACCAUCGAAAGCCACCACCCCUUAUUAUAGAAUAUAAAAACCGUGCAAGAAACAUGAUGUGCAGAUUUAAGGAAAAGAUGGGUUGUCCGGGUAUUUCUGUUUGCGUUUCCCUAUCAGGAAGUAUUAUUUAUCAAGAAGGUAUUGGUUACGCUAACGUUGAACACAUGGUACCAGUUAAAGCAGAUACAGUCUUUCGGAUUGCUAGUAUUAGUAAGCCAUUUACUUCACUAUUAGUUGGAAGAUUGUUGGAUCAAGGCAAGUUGGACCUCGAUGAGGACAUUCGUACUUAUUUACCUGAAUUUCCUGAGAAAAUGGUCGAUAAUAAAUACGCCAAGAUAACCGUUCGAACGUUGCUAAAUCAUACAAGUGGUAUUCGUAGUUAUAAGAAGAAUACUGAUAAGAACGAAGAACUGGACUAUCCUGAAAUGUUAAGUAACGUGCGUUUUGAAGAUACGAUGAAUGCAUGCGAUAUGUUCAAAAAUGAUCCAUUAGUUCACACACCUGGUGUUCAAUUCACUUAUAGUACAUUUGCAUUUACAUUACUAUCAGCUGUUAUUGAAAAAGUAUGUUUGGUGAAAGGCGAUUUAUUUGAACGUUCAUCUCCAACCGUUAAAAUGGGGUUGAAUACAUCUGAUAGUGAUAAUAAGGGGAACAAGGGAAAAAAAUCAAACGAUCUUCCGAAAUGGGCAAGAUUUGAUACUCAUUUAUCAAGGCUUUUUCAGUAUCUUAGUUUGAGCAAUACAAGUUUAGAAUAUCCUGAAGAAAUUACAUCUUCAAGAGCUGCAAGUGAUUCACCAAUAGCUCUUAAUUUUUGCAUAAUGUUAAAUUUCAGUUGUAUAUUAAUGCAUUAA